UUCCUGCCCCGGACGGAGGAGUCUGCGAGCUGUUUUUCGUCAGCUGGUACCUACGACUCAGAAUCUUACGUCAAAUACUUACCAAGACAUGUAAAGUUAGGCCGUGGACUACCCACAGCGAGCUGUAAACAUGAGUGAAGCGAGGACUCGGACUCAGCAGCUCGAAGUUGACAAACUUUAACAAAGACUCCGCUUCUCCAGCUUUCUCGGACAGCCUCAUGAAAGGGAGAGUUUUUGUUGUCCUAGCUCGGAGGCUAACGUUAGCUAUUUGUCUGGUGAGUUACCGACAUGGCAACUAGAGGGGAGAUGUCUCUGCUGCAGAAGUACCGUCGACCACCGCCGUGCAUUAAGCAGGAACAGGAUGACGACUCGGACGCGGAGGAGACACACCUGGGUCUGAGGAGGUCUGACGGGCUUGAGUCUCAGAUCAUCCACAGCGGGCACUUCAUGGUGUCCUCGCCCCACAGCGAGCACCCCCCAAAGAAAGGCUACGACUUCGACACUGUCAACAAACAGACAUGUCAGACCUACCACUUUGGCAAGGCGAGCAUGUCCCACCUCUCCAUAGACGCCUCCCUCACCAAGCUGUUUGAGUGCAUGACUCUGGCGUACAGUGGUAAGCUGGUGUCUCCCAAAUGGAAGAACUUCAAAGGUCUAAAACUGCUUUGGAGGGACAAGAUCCGCCUCAACAACGGCAUAUGGAGAGCCUGGUACAUGCAGUAUGUGGCGAGAAGGGCAAAUCCUGUUUGUCACUUUGUGACUCCCUUGGAUGGAACUAUGGACUUGGACAUCAAUCGUCCUGCAGAGGCCACUGUUGCAGAGGGGAAGUGUUGGAAAAGAAGAAUUGAAAUUGUCAUCAGAGAAUACCACAAGUGGAGGACAUAUUUCAAAAAAAGGUUACAGAAGCACAAGGACGAUGACCUCUCCAGCUUAUUAAAGGGACCAGAGGAGCAGUUGUCGCUGUUUGGGGAAAUCUCUCCAGACAUGCUCCGUGUCUCCUUUUAUCAGGAUGAAGACAUGGCUGCACGCCGCCUGCCUCGUAGGCAUAACGAUACACCCGCCCCCAUGGAAAUGGACCCCCUCUUUGAUAUGGAUGUUCUGAUGUCCGAGUUUUCAGACACGUUGUUCUCCACAUUGGCGUCGCACCAGCCUAUAGCCUGGCCCAAUCCAAGGGAGAUUGCUCAUGCAGGGAAUGCAGACAUGAUCCAGCCAGGGCUCAUCCCCUUACAACCUAACCUUGACUUCAUGGACUCCUUUGAUCCGCUCCAAGACUUAUUUCACAGCCUCCGUCAGCCCAUCUUCCCCUCUGUUUCCCCCACUGCAUCAUCUGUCACCCCUCUACCCAGCAGCAGCUCUCAGCCACAGGCCCAGCUGAUUUCCUCUAUGCAACUGAAUACCAACCACAUCUCCUCUCCUGGCCCCCUUCCUAUCUCCUCUCCCAUGGCCAAUCAGACCAGUCGCACAGGUGGCGGUGAUGCUGCCUUUGUACAAAACUAUAUGUCUCUUUUUCCUGGGCAGGUUGCGUCCAAUGACGCUGUAGUUUCCUCUCAGCCAAUGUCUCAUAAUUCUCUGGCACAGUGCCUCUCAGGUCAGGACAUGACUUCAGCAGCACCCAUGGUGCCCUCCCCCCUGGACAACAACUCAGUGUUGGGUGAGACUGUAGUGUCAUCUGUGAUCACACACACAGCCUCCUCUACUGUCACAUCCAGUAACGCAGCCACCACCUUCAGCCACGGCUCUGAGUAUAGCUCAAUGUCCACACAAGCCCCCCCUCCUCCGUCCCAGCUCCAGUCCUUGGCUCCCUUGCCUGCCACUCCUCUGCAGCACCCUCAGACUUUUGCCCUGCCGCGCCUUUUACAGUCAUCAAGUGCCAACAAGAACCGCCCUGUGCAAAGGAUUGCUCCUGCUAACACUAUCCCCUCCUCUCACCUCAUCCUCACAGCCCCUUUCCCAGGUCAUCACAAUGCUGUGAUUGUUACACCAACUCCUAUGAAAACAGAUGUCGUCCAGAAUACAGGAGUGGUCCUCACUUCUUCUCAUCUUGCAGGAGCUCCUGGAUUUCAUGUAGUGUCCCAGCAAACUACCCAGCCCAUUGUCUCCAAAGUAAAGUCUUAUUCUUCCAGCCGCAAAAACCAAAAAGCCUCAUCUACUGUCGUUCACAGUCAACCAGGAUCAGGUCAAGGGUCACUAUGUGGGUUGGAUCAAGUCCACAGUCCACAGGCCCUGAUCAGCAGCAGCAGUACCCCACUGGUGAAGAGUGAACAGAACCAGGGCCGGAGAACAACGCACAUAUCAGCUGAACAAAAGAGACGAUCAAACAUAAACAUUGGAUUCAAAACACUCUGCGACAUGGUUCCCGCUCUGAAGUCACAAUCAAAUAUCAGUAAUGCAGUGACAUUGCAGAAGACAGUGGAUCACAUUGGGAAGCUCCAACAGGAAAGACAGCAGUUACAGGAAGAGGUCAAGAGGCUACGAGAGGAGAUCGAGGAGCUCAACACCUCCAUAAACUUGUGUCAGGAGCAGCUACCUGCAACAGGCGUGCCCAUAAGGCGGCAACGGAUUGACCACAUGCAGGACAAGUUCAAUGAAUACGUGAAGAGCCGCACUCUUCAAAACUGGAAGUUCUGGAUUUUCAGCAUCAUCAUCAAGCCUCUCUUUGACUCAUUCAAUGGGAUGGUGUCAACUACAAACCAAGCAGAGCUUUUUCAAACCACGCUCCAAUGGGUAGAUCGGCACUGCUCUCUCCCAGUGCUCAGACCCAUGGUGCUGAGAACCCUUCGCCACCUGAGCACCACCACAUCCAUUCUUAGUGAUCCAUCCCUGCUGCCUGAAGAAGCCAUCAAAGCCAUCACACACACAGAUAUGUAGCCUUGCUCCAGAGAAAGUGACGCAACUCCUAAUAAUCAAAAUGACAUCACUACUUUAACUUUUUAUCCAUCCAGUAAGAAUACCAAGUCUUCCACGGAUCCACUACUUCCCUAAAAAGUGUCUGAAGGGAGCUGCGGCUUAAUUUGACCCUGUAUGAAUGCUGGUUUUAAUUUUUUUGUUUGUAAAUUGAAUAUUGGGAAUAUAGCACACAGGAAGCUCCUUCUCUGACAGCAAAAAAUGUGCAAAAAUAGCUUUUUUUUUUCAUUAUAUGUUUGAACGACAGCAACUGCUCUUGCCUUCAACCACUUUAGGGGAGGAUGUUAUAAAUAUUUCAUUGAAAGGUGGUGCUUGAGGUUUGCUUUGAGAACAAAACGUUUAAACGUACUUUUGUCAUGUACAUUGUGUUAAAAAGGGAAAUAUUCAGUGAUCGUCUAUGUUCUCUCUUGAUGUAAAAAGUGCUUGAAUAUUAUCCUAUUUUUCCUUAAGGACAAUGAGAUACAUGUUAGAUUUUUGCAGCGCUAGCUAGAAGUUUAGUUUGUGUUUUAAUAGAGGCUUUAAAAUCAACCAGAAGGGCUUCACGUUAGAAUAUAGAGGGUUGCCUGAAACAUGGUUUAGUACUUUUAAAGAGAGAUGAGAAUCCAUCCCUCGUUUACUCAGGUGAAUGUCAUUUUGCCAGUUAGCAGUAGUGGCUUUCCGUCCAUCCUUAACACCUACCAUCAUGCUGUACUGACUCUGCCCAACUUCACAACAAUCAUUGUAGGUACAGUAUUUUCCACACUUGGGUUCUUACUGGGCAGGUCACAGCUUACUGGAGCAGAGUUCCUUGCAACCCUCACAGGGAGCUAAACUCAACAUUUAGAGCAAUACAGACUCUUUAUAUGUAUAUUUUACAUUUAAAUGUACAGUGUUACACGAUCCCAGCUGAACACACAGCAGUUGUGGGGGUCUUUCAGUUUUUUGCUGGUGACUCAGGGCUGCGCUGAUUGGUAUGAUUAUCCACCAUUCAGCUAUGAACAAACGGAGUCAGGAUCAUUCUCAGCAGGAAAACUUAUCUGUGAGGGUACAGCAGAUGCAAAAGGGUUUUGAUGGGUUUUUUUGUGUUGUUGAAUUAAUUAUGUUUUUUUAAUGGCAGAAAAAGCAUCACUCUUCCAUGUUUGAAGAAUCAACCCACAGAUACAGAAAAGAAGCCAUAUAAGACAAGUGUACCUGUUCAUUUAGCACAUUCUUUUCAUUGACAUGAAUGCUGAAUGCUUGAAUAUUCCCCUCCUCAGAUUUAGUCAGCACUUUUGGCAUUUAUCAGCCUUAUGGUAAAAUAAAGUGCCCUUACUUGUGAUCUCUGCAGGCUGAGCAGUACUGUUUUUGUGUGUGUGGUUCAGCACUCCUCAGGCAGACACACAUUGAUUUGGUUACUGGUGUUUGCGCUCUCUUUUCUGCAGAACUACUGAGUUUACUUUGAGUUUUAUGGUAGCAAAAUGUACCACUCGUUCAUAUUUGAUUAAUGUGCAGCUUUUUGUUGAGUUUUUUAUUGUGGACUACAAAUGUCUUCGAGUGAAUGAUUUACUUUUCUACAAGUUAGAAAUAUUCCUCUUGUUGCUUACUUUACAUUUAGACGGGAGGGCAUCAAAAGGAACGCUUUUACAGUGUUAAAUACAGCCCGCACACAGUGGUGCAAACCGUGUGUCUAUUUCAAGUCAAAUGUGUUAAAUGGCCAUACUUCACUGUUUUUGUUUUUUACUAAUUACUUACAAAAGCACAUCUGAAUGCAGCUGUUGUGAAUAAACAUUUAGUUUUUAGCCUGAUAUCUUCGCCCCCAUCUAUCAGAGACUAAAACACAAUUGUGUGAUAAAAAGAUCCCAUGAUUUAUGCUCAGUGUUUGUGAUGAUUUUAAUGUUUUAUUUUUUGUUAUCCUCUGAUUUUAAAAAGUUUGUCACACAUGGUUGGACUUCCAACCUUUGUUUGCUGUUUCUGUCAGGGGAGGUUUGUAACAAAUAAUGUACAGUAUAACAUUGCAGGUUAGAUCUGCUCAAUCUUUUCUUCCCCAAAUUUAGUAUUUUAUUAUUUAGUCUGUUUUUAAAGAGUACAGAUAUUUUUAUGCUUUAUUAGUUGUUGUUUUUUUCUUCCCAAAUUUCAAAAUUGUCUUCCUGAAACAAGUUUAAGGAUGCCUUACAAUAAACGACCUUCAAAAACAA